AUGGCUGUGCCUGCUUCAAGCCUAUGGGCUGUACCAGCAGGACACGGUGGCCUUCUUGAAUGGGCUUCUCGUGGAGAGGUAUUGAUGGCCCUUUGUGUGUUUCUCUCUCCGCUUUUCCCUCAGUCUCAGGAUCGCCUGACUCGGCUUCUCGACUUCUUCCAGCACUCUCCGUCCGCCGCUUCGCGCUCGCAGUCCUUAGGCCUUCAACGCGGCACGUCCUCUGCGCCCGCGGGAUCGCGUUUCGCCAGUUCUGAGGCACCCGGGAGGUCGAUCCCCACGCAGCAGUCACGCGCCGCCUCUCUCUUUCAACCGGCAAGCACCGCGGGACUGGACGACGUUCCGGCUAGCCGUGGUUCUUCUGGAGCGUCUUCAGCGCGGGAGGACGGCGCCGCGGACUCGUGUCUCCGAAGCGUCACGGGAACUGCGACUUCUCCAGAAGACGAGAAACAGCGCCAAACGGACCUGACUGUGAGUAUGCUCGAGGCGUCUCCCCAAGAGGUUUGUUCGUCGCUCUGCUCCUCCGGCAUUCCGGGGUCUUCUGUAACGUCGCCUUGCGGCUCCACGUUUACCUCUCCGCUGGUUUCCUUCUCGUCGUCUCCUCGCGCCUCGCGUUUGCAGUCUGAGGGCGACAGCCCCGAGGAGCAUCCUGAAGACUGCUCACUCCCGUCUCUUCUGCAACAGGGCCCGGGACCCUCGUUGGCUCCUGGGAAGGACAAGGAAGUCCGCGGUUUCCAGGCUACUCCCUCUGAGCUUGCAGCUGUGCUCUCCUGUAGAGGGAAAGAGAGGACCCAGAAAGGCGAGCGCGACUGCGAGAGAGCUCCCGAAGGCAGUGCACGGGAACUGGUUUUGUCUUCCACUUCCUUGGGAGGAAGCACCAGAGCUGCAGUGUCUCAAAGUGGCUCUGUAGGAUCCUCUCUGGAGAAUCUCUCCGAGUCUGUGACGUCGCUUGACGCAACGAAGGGAGAGAGAAGGCUGACACACACACUCCGUUUCAAGGGAAGCGAGGCAGAAAGAGGAUUCGAAAUCGACUCAGCAGACGAGGGCCUGGAAGGCGGGGCAGACGCAGCGGAUGAGGAAGAAGUUCCUCGUCCUCGAGUUCGGCGGUCUCUCGCAUUUUCGGCCACGGAAAUUCGAGAAGACACCUCCGACGAAGACGGAGAUACACCUGCGUGUGCACGGAUCGCUGAGUUCCGCCGGUUGGGCGGGUCCACGACGGGGUCGGGGAAGAGCGACGAGGAAGAGGAGGAAGGUCCUGCGGGCGGAGAUUUCGCGCUUCCGAAUCGCGAUUCAGAAAGACUCGAGCCGAGCCGUUUUGCUUCUGAUUCACGCGACGAGAGAAUCGAAGUGGAGACGCGGAAUACCUCUUCCUCCCAGGGUAGGUCGUUCUUGUCCUCGUCUCCUGCCUCCGACUUCCAGGGAAAGUCUCCCGCUUCCGUCCGGCGCAGUCGGCGGCGGAUCGAACAGACUCAAAGGCGUCCUCACCGUUUGCGGCGCGCGCGGUCGUGCCCGUGUUUAGAAUUUCGUCGCGCCUCUCGAGGUCUCAACUUCUGCUCGCCUUUCUCUGAUCAACUCCGGCGUCACUCUGUCGAGAUCAUUUUGUUGCCUGCGGCAUGGAAUCGCCGUGCAGCUCGCCCGUCUUGGUUCUGCCGUGAGUUCCCCACCGCGUUUUCCGACGCCUUUGCACUCCACACCGCAGAUGCGUUUAGUCUGAAUACGGCGGACCGCUUCUCGCCGCUGAAUAAUUCUGGCCCUUCGCAUCUCGUUCCUCCGUUUUCUCCACCUACCACAUCUUCUCCAGAACCUGCGUUUGGUGAAAAAGAAGACAGGGACCAGACAGCCACACAUGAGUCGGUAGACUCUCUUGGUUCUCCGCGGGACUUGCCUGUCUCUGGCGUGAAUCCACUUGCGUCAUCUUCGAGGUCUGCUGACCGCACAAGACGCUCGCGUUUGGAAGAAUUCGCCCUCGCUCUACGGCUGCAGAUGAAGGAAAACGCUCUGAGGCUCCAGCUUGUUCAGCGCCAGCAACGCGCUCUUGUCGAGAGCCAAGAAGCAGCCCGACGGCGGCAACAGACGAACCUGCAGCGUCUUAAAGCCCACCAGAACGCGUGUGCGUCUUCGCACCGUCUUUUCGAAAAAUGUUCGAGUUCCCGUGUUCCCGUCGCGCCGCACUGUUCCCCGUCGGACACAAACAUUGGCCGCCUUCCGGCAUUCUCUGGUGUGGCAGCGCCGCCCUGCCAGCCUUUACCAGGAGCUGCUGAGGGAGAAGGGAGAAGCCACGUCUGCGAUAUCUGGGGGUCCGCAUCUGCCGUGAUGGAGCAUGUCUUGCCUUCUCCAACAUGUGAGGCGUUUCGCCAUUCGACCGGACACACGACUGGAGCGCGCGACGUGGAGCGAAGAGCCACGACACAGCGUCAAGAGGCAGUGCAUUCUUCGCCUGGACGCGGAGGAAUGCUUCUGCUCUCCCUAAAUCUGAUUGGAGGCAUAGAGACGUCGCGAAGUGGCGAGACCUCGGAUCGAAGGCAUUGCCCUCUCACGACCGUUUCGUCGUCCGGUUCGCCUGACCAGGUAAACCCCCCCGGUCUGGCCAGCUCUCGCUUCGAGCGUGCAGGGACUGAUCCGUUUGUGUCGACUUAUUCCUUCGCGGAGAGACUUCCGCAUACGCAAGGGCGCGAGCGUUCUUCAGGUGUGCUGCAAUCUGUGGCAAGCUCGACCGCUUCCACGACUGCGCCGUCGCCUGUCGCCAGCGGUGCCUGUUAUCCGUUGCCCAGUCCCCCCUCCCCGGGCAUGACCACUGCGAGCGCGGCUCGAGGGCGUGCAUCUUGCGCCUCGCGGGGCGUCUUGGCAGCGGGUGAGGACGCUGCGCAAUUCCAGUUCCCUGUUGCGGCCCCGGCGGACUUGGGACUUGCGCUGCAUCCGUUGAGCAACUCGGCCUCCGCGACUGUCACCUCUCUGCCGCAGUGGAGAGACGCAUUGAUAAACGGGGAGGAAGGUGAGACGCAAGAAGGGGGGUUCACAUUCCGGGCAACCAGUGGGGCCAUGGGGAUGGCCAUCAGACCUCUGUCUUCCAUCUCAGCAGCGUCGGGGACAUCUACGGAGACAGCAGCGUUCGAAAUUCAACCGAUGGGAACGCAAUGGAGUCCGUCAACGGGAUCUGCGGGCGUGCCUUUCCGGUCCUGGUUGCCGACUUCCGCUUUCGACUUGUCUGCCCCGAGCGCCUCUUCGAUGUUUGUCGUUGCGCACCGCCCCACGUCGCCGCAGGAAGAAGGCGAAGGCUCCCGAGAGGGAGAUGGCACCGGGCAGAGCUCUCUGGAGACGCGGGAUCGAUCUGCGUCGCCUCCGCGGGCUGCGCCUAUCCACGUGCGAAAUUACCUGUACCGAGCAGCUGGGGUCGGCGGCCGUCACGCGUGGCCAAGAGAAGAUGCCGGGCGAGGCGAAGGCAUCCCGGCUGGGCCCCUCGGCGAGACCCUCGAUGGCGGGUCGCGAGAAGUAUCCCUUCCCUCGCAUGAGGCUGUCUCGACUGCGCGUGGCCACCGCUGUCCCCAGUUGCCGGGGCAGCGUCGAACGGAGUUUGGGCCGAGCGCUCCAGCGGGAGGGUCUGAACAUGUUCGAGGAGACGCGAGGGGACUUCCAGGUAGUCCCUCGCACGGACGCGCGGCACCCGCCAUGUCGCGCAGAACAUCUGGAGAGGCGCGAGCGCCGACUGAUUUGCAGGCCGCCGACCCUGCGACGUGGGGGCGCUGCAUGCAGAUGAGACUGGGAGGAGACGAGCAGUCGAGCUUUGCAUCUUGCAGCCAGCCGCUCGUUCACGGACGCUUCGAACACCACGUGCUCCUGCAGCAGCGACAGCAGGAGUUUCUUCAAAGGCAGCUGCUGAAAAGUGAGGAGCAAAUUCAAGGUCUUCGAGCGCUUAUGGACCGUCUCCUUGUUGUCAUGGAACACCUUCGGAGCAGAGACGGUGUGAGCAACUAG